AGAAGGAUGUGGUCAUGGCCUUUAGUAAGAGUACUGGUAGAGCAUGGUCUGUAAGCAAAUGCUCUCAUGCUCUACAGAGCAACCUGGACUGAAGCAAUGCUGCUGAUCUGUUUGCUGGGCUUCAGAAGUUGCUUGAAACAAUCUUAGACCUGCAGGUUGUUCCUUCAGGAAACUUCCGAAGGACAGAGGACAUUUCUUCAGAAGACUUGAAAGGAGCAAAUGUGGCAUCUGUAUCUUAAGGAGGAAGAAAAGGAGGAAUUAGGAAAUGGUAGAUCACUAAGCCUGGCUUCAGUAUUUGGCACAAUACUGGAAUUGCCCACCAAAGAAUCUAAUUUUGAGCACCGAGAAGACAAAGCAGUGGGGAGAAAUGACAAACAGAAGCAGAGAAUGCAAUUUUACUGACAUCGACAGAUUAGCAAAGACCUUGCAGUUGGGAAUCUCCAUCCCCACCUUCAUUCUUGGGCUGGUUCUCAAUGCCCUCGCACUCUCUGUGUUCUGCUGCUUUUGGAAGAAACAGACCAAAGCCUCAGUUUACAUGAUCAACCUCGCACUUGCGGAUGUCUUGCUGCUUCUCUCGCUCCCACUCAAGCUGUACUACUCUAUCACAGAUGCCCCUGGACUCCUGUGCUCAUUCAUAGAAUCUCUGUAUUUCGUCAACACGUAUGGCAGUAUCUUCAUCAUUGUGUGCAUUACUGUUGACAGAUAUAUCUGCAUAAGGUACCCAUUUGAAGGUCGAGCUAACCGGUCCUGCAAAUGGGCUAUCUUGAUCUGCUGUUUCAUCUGGGCAGUAACUUGGCUUUGCAGCAGCCCAAUAUAUAUGUUUCACAAGAAAGAUUAUUUUAAAUGCUUUAACAACAUGUCAGACAAGGCGUGGAGCACCCCUAUCAUUGUUUCUGUGGAAAUCUUUGGAUUUCUGAUCCCACUCGCAGUGAUGGUUUUCUGCUCUGCCCAAAACAUCUGGAUUCUUCUGAAUCACAAAAGUCAAGCUAAAAAGAAGGCAGAAGGCAGUGGCUCCUUACGAGUCAUUAUCAUCAACCUCGUGGUGUUUUUGGUGUGCUUCACACCCUUCCACAUUGCGAUCUGUCUACAGUGCCUGGUAAGACAGCAAAUGAUAGUGGACUGCAGUCUGAAACAAAAAAUCAGCCUCUUCAUUCAGGUGUCAAUGACAUUAGCCAAUCUGAACUGCUGCCUGGAUGCCAUCUUUUAUUACUUUGCUGCAAAAGAAUUCCGUGAGAAAACACACUUGAAAAAGGUCACUGAACUAUGUCCUGCCUUUAAGCCUUGUGGCUCAUGAUGGGUCUGCCUGUGGCGGAAGAUCACCUCUUCCUCUGCUCCCACUUGCCUCACAGGAUGCUGAUAGCAUUAUUCCUGACGUAGCAGUAGGAUCAGCUUGGCUGUAGCAGGCAGGGUGCAGAAGGGAGAAGGACAUUAUUUUUCCAGCAAAUGCGAACCUAUUCCAUAUUUUUCUUCCCUUUAAACAUGAAAGAAGAAAAAUGUUGGAAAGAACAACCAGCAUUUGCAAAGUGAUGGCGUGACACCAAAAGAAGCAUUAGCCUUGUCAGUAUCACUAAAUGUGAAAGGCUUGCCAGAGGAAAACUACCUAAAUCACUGGAGUGCUACCUAAAAUCAGCCUUUGUCAUUGCUGCACCAGUUUUCCUUUUGCCAGCGUGAUCAGAAAGUUGUUGCUAAGGGCCAAAUGCAGAAAUCAUUCUUCAAAACCUUCUUUCCAACUUAGGAGGCAUUUGAGAGUUAAAAGACAGUAUUCUAGGCAAAAGCUUGUCUCUGCUCAUUCCUUCUGUAAGGCUUACAGAAGGUCACUGUUGGAGCUCAUUUGCUUUGAACAGCUUGGCCAGCCUGUGAUAACAGUGACUCCUCCCUACUGUAAACAUUAUACACUGGCUGGGGCCACUACACAGAACAGCAGCCCCUGCUCUUUCAUGAAGCACAGUAUAUAACCCCAAUGGAGUAUCCUGGGUACCAGCAGUUCCUUGAGCAACAAACAUUUCUGUCUCUAUGCUGAGGAAUCAUGAAAUUAAUGAAAUUAUUAUUCCAUAUUAAGGGAAUAAUUGUCCUGCAAUUUUAAAACUGGUUUUGCACAUGAAAACCAAAAGAACCCCUUCAAAUCUGGCAUUUAGUGAAAAACUGUAUGUGAUGAACUCUAUUUUUCACAUCACUUUAUUUCUAUGAAAGAUAUAACAUUGCAAAUAUAUGGAACUCUUCUGCCUGUCUUUUCUUUCUUGCUUGGAGGAAGAGAAUUAGGGAAGCAAGCCCUGCAGCACAGAAAAGUAGGGAGCGCCCAUCUGACGUACUCCUUGCUCCAGCAGGGAGACUGGACCAGCUCUAUCCACCUCACUUCUUAGAGAAGUCCUAGCCUGUAUUGUACACUUCACGAAGAGGUUCAACCCUUCUCAGUCAGCACCUCUGCUAUGUCACCACCCUCAGUCCAUUUGCAAGUUUGUCUCUGAGUCUAAACCAAAGGUUUCCUUGUUGCAACUUCAGCCUACCAUUUCUUAUACCACUAUGUCAGCACAGUUCAUGCUUCCAGCAAAAACCACUUUCACAUAAAGAAAUUAAUUUCUGUGCCACUUAAAACCAGCUGUAAAAAUGGUCUAAGAUUUGUUCUGGGGCAGACGUGCCCUUUAUUCAAAAUGGGAUAAGAAAUUACUGUCUUAUUUGAAGAAAUUAAAAGAAGAGGGGACAAUUUUGAAAAUAUGAUUUGCUGUUAAUUGAUUUCCAUAGAGUGAUUGAUAAUGCAAGUGGGUGGCUACACAUGUCUAAUAUUGGGUUAUGGGUGUUUUAAAACUUGUUAGUACUAAAACUGCAACCACAGCUGGGGCACACAAGGAGCUUAGAGGCAAAGAAAGGUUUUUAUCAUUAUCUUUACCAUUACCUGCAGAGGGGCCAUGGGAAGAGUUUUUCAAAAUAGUAGGUUUUCAAAACAUUAUUUGCUACUGCCUUGAUCACUCAGAAACUUGCAGACUUUUAAGUAUGAGUUAGCCUUUCCUCUUUGCACCUUUCAUUUUAAUUUGCCUAAGAAAUUUGUGAGAAAGGACAUGUUCUACUAAAUAAACUGUGUAUAUGAAGCAUAUGAUUUGAAAAUACAUUUUAAUUCCCCAAUCUGACAGCAGCGUAUGACUCCUAUCUACCUACUUAAUCAUAAACUUCUACAUUUUCUCCCUAAUAUAGCUCCAAGAUUUAGUUGGAGAAUUUCCUUCCCAGGAACUACUUCAGAUUUGUAACUAUGGCAACCAAGAACAACUGAAUAAAGAGCAAAAACAGAAACAGGAAAGAUGACCACACCCAGAAGUCUGGACAAUUUAAUAAGUCUUCGUAGCACUUCUCCAUAAAUUCUUAACAAUCCCCCGCUAACCAACCUACAAUCUUUCCUCCAAAAUGCUCUGAGCUCUCACUUUUAUGAUGAGCCAACUACCUCAAAACUGACAUUACCAUCAGUGCAAUCUGUGCCUCUGCAAAACCACA